CUCGUCUGCUAAGAAAACGCUGUUUUUAAAGGGAAACCAAGGUUGUUGAGGUCUGUGGUGGGCAUAGCGGGUUGAAGGUUGCUGCAGGCUGCAGAGCCCUGUGGAGCAGAAGAGCUGUGCCAUUCCCCCUUUUUUCCUCUCAUGUCCCCCCCUGUGUGUUUCCCUGUGUGUUAGUGACCCCGUUCCCCCACCCGUCCCCCACCUGAUCCCUCCUGUCGUGUUGCCACUCCAGCCCGAAGCCCCCCUCUCACCCCAUGCUUGGGACAAAGCCAGCUCACUACCAGCCCAAUGACUGCCUGGAUCGUCCUGCCUGUCAGCCUGUCUGCCUUCUCCAUCACAGGAAUAUGGAUAGUGUAUGCCAUGGCUGUGAUGAAUCACCAUGUGUGUCCUGUGGAAAACUGGUCUUACAAUGUAACAUGCACAGAGGAGCUGCCCCGACCCGGCUUCCCCAAGACAUGCUGCACCAUCCAGGACAUCCCCCUCAUCAGUAAAUGUGGUUCCUACCCUCCUGAAAGCUGCCUGUUCAGCUUGAUCGGCAACGUCGGAGCCUUUAUGGUGGUGAUGGUGUGCCUUCUGCGCUACGCCCAGGUGAUAGAACACAGCCACCGAUGUUGGGUCAACACCAGCGCUCUGGUGUCCGGCUGCACCAAUGCUGUGGGCCUGGUUAUGGUGGGCAACUUCCAGGUUGAUCACGCCAAAUCUCUACACUAUGUGGGUGCCGGUGUGGCAUUUCCAGCAGGGCUGCUGUUUGUAUGCCUGCAGUGUGUGCUCACCUACCGGGUGGCUGUGACCGCCCUCGACUACUGGAUGGCCCAUUUUAGAGUGGCUCUGGCACUGGGAGCCAUGGUUUCCCUCGUCCUCAGCGGCAUCUUCUUCAUCCAUGAGAGUUUCAUUUUGCAGCACACUGCCGCCAUCUGUGAGUGGGUCUUCACCGUGGACAUCUUGGUCUUCUACGGCACCUUCACCUACGAGUUUGGCACCGUCACCAGCGAGACCAUGAUGGCAGGCCUGCAGCAGAGCCAUCACCACGGCUCAGGGGUUAUCAUGGGCCCCAGGGCGCGGAGCUCAACAAUGGGCGGGGCGACUAAGGGCCUCAAGUCCCCUGGGGGCAGCAGCACGUCCACACAUCUCAACUGUACCCCUGAGAGCAUAGCUAUGUUGUAGCUCUGCAUCGCUGCCCAAAGGUCUAACAUGUCACUGCAGAGGUGUUUGAUGGGCUCCCAUAGGAAGGCAAGGUGACAGAGGUAGCCGAUGGAGGAAGAGAGAAGGUCCUGAUAUCUUUAACCAUUGAACCAACACCAGGUUAUCCCAUCUUUAAUGCUGUACUCCCCCAAUGUUGGUGCAAGCCACUACAGUCAAAUGUACUGUAGUGAUGAUGAGUGGAGGCUGAAUGUGUGGAGCCAGUCUGAGUACUGGAACCAUGAAUGUUAUCCAAGAUGGCUGUUGAUUUGGGCACUUGUUCACAGGAGUCGGUUGUUUUCUAAUGACACUUUUUUCUUUCCUUUUUUUAACUGUGCACCACUGGUGCACCCACAAAGUUAUUAUCCCCCUGCCCAGACACUCCUUCAUGAACUACCCAGUGCUUUGCGUGGCCCACCUGUUUUGGCCUUUUGCUUAUCUCUGCACGGCACACUUUUUGAAUGAGAGAAUAACAAUUUUCGUUUGAGUUUUGAAUUUGCGUAGUAAGUAGAAAAUAUUGAAUGUUUGAGAAGUGAAUAAAUAACAGUUAUGUAUGUUUUACAGGCUUUAAGCAUACAGCCUUUUUAAAUCAAUCGAGCAUAAAUUAUCCAUCAAACAAUUGGCAAAAAUCAUUUAUUUCACUGACAGUUUUAUUUGGUUGCACAGAUGAUUUUGACUGCAAAUUUUGAUGGUAUUUUUGAAUAAUUUUACAAACUAUAUGCGUAUCUUGAGCCACUAUCAUUCUUAAGAUUGUUUUUUAUGUCAUUGGUAUGCGAGUGCAGCAUGGCUGUGAAAGAAAGCUCUGCUGUGUUGUAACUAGGACCAUCACAGUCACUUUUAACUGAGAAUCUCUGUAGUCGUCUCCCUUGAUGUCAUUCCGUUAUUUUCCCACGUUGCAUAAUCUGAUAUUUCUUUUGUAACUUUUACAUUUCAUGCCACCUUUUGUUUCUGUCAUGCCUGGUGCAAUAAUUGCCAUCAAUCAUUUGAUAAUUUACACUCCGCUGGAGUGAAUAAUGCCUUUUUCAGUAUGUUGGAGUCGAUCACAGGGCUUUUUCUCUCUCUUUUUUUUUUUUUUUAAGCAACACCACAACAUUUUAAGUGACCUACAUCUCAUGGUAAAAUAGAUGUGUAAAGGUAAAACUGUAGUCUGACUAAUGCAUUUACAGAAUAAUUCUUGCUCUCACACUGUUUUGAUUCCAGGCUGGACCCUUGGAAGCCUUAUUUGAGUUUUCAGAACAGGUUUUCUGUUAAAUAUGAAAUGAUGUUACAGGGAAAGUUUUGUUAACUGAGAGAUGAAUUUGAUGCUUGUGUGCCAUAAACCUCAUAGCGUCACAGUGGCGUCAAUAUAGUGUUAUAAACAGACAGUACCAUACAGGUUGUAGACUGGAAGGAACGUGUGUCAUUGAGGUUAUUGUAUGAUUUCCUGUUGCCACUUUCUCAAAGUGAAUUAUCUUAACACCAGACUGCCACAAACUACCACUCCUCCAACUAAAGCUGACUAAUGCCACACAGUUUAGGUUAUACAAGUUUUUAGUUAAGUGAGCGAACUAUUUCUCUGUGAGCCAGCUGAGAAGUAUGUUUCAUAACACACAGUAUUCUGCCCUCUGCGUAGUGUUGAAACAUUUUUGACUGUCUAACCACUGGAUGCCAGCAAUACACAUUUUUUAAAAGGUCACAUCACCUACCUCUUAUCUUUUGUGGGUUUGAUGUUCUGAGGCAAAAGCUAGAGUUCCACCAUAUUUUCCAUCUCACAACGGUUUGAGGUCGAGCAAAGUAUUUAAUAUUAUGCUGGCUCAGCAAUCCACAGCUCGAUCCACAAAACCCUAACAAGUGUCAGCAUUUGACAGGACAGUGGAUCUGCUGUUUUACGAGCUGCGUAAUCAAGUCAGGUCAGUUUUCUUUAUUUUUGUGCAAAUUAUUUAAGUUCCCAUUCUUUUUGGGACUGCAGCAAUCCUGUGUUGUUCUGCAAAUCUCGCCAAAAAAGACUGGAAUCCACUGGAGUUUUGACUGGUAUUCUGUGUGUCCGCAGGAGGUGUAUGAAUUGGUAUGAGUGCACUGUUUUAGCCUUAUCCCUCAUGCUGUGCCAGGGGAACAUGUUCAGAUUUUCUUUUUUCUUUUUUUUUUUAAUCUUGUGUUCAGCUGUAGCCUAUUUCACCAAACUGUAACUAUGUCACACUGUGUGACUACAAAUGGCAGCUUGUAUGAGCCCUCACACCAGGGUUGGAUUUAUUCUGUAACAGCGUUUAUUCCAUAAUACCAUCUUCCACACGCCAAAAUUUAAAGGUGGAUUUUACUAUUUUUUCCUUUUUCUGUCAAAAUGUACACACCAGUAACUGUCAAAUGAUAUAUUUGUUGGUGGGAGAAUCCUAUAUUACUAAAGGCUGCCUGACCUGUACAUGUCUUGAACUCUUGCAACAGCAACCCAGAAACAGUGUCUAUAAAAAUGUAUUAGUCAGAUUUCCUCGUUUUGAAAAAUAUGUAAAAGAAUGGUAAUGGAGUCCGAGAAAUCCCCAGAACAAGUUUAAAAACACAGAUUAUUUUGUUUCCUUUUAUAAAUUAUGUAAAUAUGUAUGAUUUGUCUAUCAUUUAGGUAUUUUCAUUUGACAGAGAUUUAUAUUCAAAUAUGAAAUAAAAAUGAUAAAUUAUUA